AAUAGUUUUUCUAGUUUAUUACAAAAAAAUACUAAAAAAGAAGUCUGAACUGCUGACGAAUAUAUAGUAUACAUGUAUCAAAUCUUACCUAAAACAGCUAUGUCAAUAAAUUAACAUAGGCACCCAUCGAAAUUCGUUCCAAUUUUACUGUUUCAGUCGACAUAAAAUCCUAUUGAAAACUUACCAAAAAAAUCACUUUUUAAAAGUUUUAACAGUAUUUUGCUUAUAAAUUCAUUAACAUUUUAACAUUUUACUUUUGAUAUCAGUAAAGAAUUUCCACGAUUAUAAAAAUGAUAUUUGUAAAUGUUAUGAUAUCAUUUGCUUUGGUAAACGUUUGUAUAGCUGAAGCGGAUCGGUACACUACGGAGGUUUUCAAAGCAAACCUACAUUUGAAGCAGGCAGAAGCUCAAUUGCCGGCAGUGAUUAAAGACGUUGUUCUUGGAAAAUAUAUGACAAGGGAUAUAAGUUUAAUGUUAACAUCACCGGAUACCGAAAAAGAAAUAGACACAAAAUAUGACAAAUUAGUGUAUCAGAUUUUUUUGCAAGACAUGAUAACUUAUACAACGGAUAUAGAUGUAAUUACUGUAUUAGACGAAGAUAUGAAAAGCCAAUUAGAAAACUCUAACCUGUCAGAUUUGGGAGACGCAAGAAGAAAAUUAAUUAGUGAAGCUGUAAAAGAUUUAAUUCGUUCUGAAAUAAGCGGAGAAUUUAGUGAAAAGUUCAAAGACUUUAUCAAUGUGUGUCGGUUAUUAUCAGUGUUCAAGGGUAUUGAAUAUACUUCAUUCGUAUAUUUUGCUGAAUUCAAUAAUCAAACUAAUGGACAAUGUAUUAUAGAAGAUUUAGACAAUAAUGCAUUCUAUUACAAAAAAUUUGGAAGCGAGAUUUGGGAAAUGGAUGAUAAAGGUAAUCAACGUCAUCUACUGUCUGAUCAAGUAAACUCAAAUUGACCAGAAGCUUUAAGGACAACUUAUUUUAGGGUACUAUAAUAUUGUUGUUUUUUAAAUCCUUUUUACACAUCUUCUGAUAUAAAAAUUGUCAAUAAAUUUUGUUGUCUUUAAAAAUAAACAGUUUUAAUCUGAA